CAGGCAAAUAUUUUUCGUUUGAUCAAGAGAUCCCACUUUCAAAAGAAUUUCCAUAUUUUUUCCAAAGAAUUGAAAAUUCAAUAAAAAAUAAAGAGAAUUGCUUCGCCUUUAACUGCAUCAAAUGAACGUACAUUUAUAACAAAUAAGUAGGAAAAGUGUUGUUCAGUUGUGCACUCAUUUUGUUUCCGCCGAAUUGGUGUCUGUAAAGUGCGAACGAUCUAGCAAUGAAAUGAGUUAUACCAAGGACACUUUUUUCAUGAAUUUAAAUCUAUUUUUAGCAACUGAAUACAAUUGUGACAAUUGAAUUAUUUCUAUUAGAAAAUAAGUUACAAUUGAUAUCAUUGCUUGUGCCAAACCGGUUGUUCAUUGUGUCACCUUUGUUUCAAAUCAGUAAUUUAAUUCUUUUAAAUUAAAACUCAUUGUGAUGAUGCAAGUGUCAACUAAAUUUAUCUUAUUUUGUCUAUAUGUUUUGCUUGAUUCGUGUAAAAGUAUACCAAUUGUAUCUACAGAAGAACCAGCACUUCUUAUUGUUUCAUUCGAUGGACUUCGACCAGAUUACUUGCAUCGAAAUGUAACGCCAAACUUGAAUUUGAUUGGCAAAGAAGGCGUCUCAGCACAAUUUAUGCGUCCUGUUUUUCCAACGAAAACCUUUGUCAAUCACUUCAGCAUAGCCACAGGCCUUUAUCCUGGAAAUCAUGGAGUUCUUGCAAACGCCGUGUAUGAUACCGAAAUGGGUUUAUUGAAAUACAGUUACGAUUUGUUCCAUUACAAUGAAAGCACAAUACCGAUUUGGACGGCCAACGAAAUGGCUGGAAAAACGUCAGGAUGUUGGUGGCCUGGAAGUGAUUACGAAUAUAAUGGGGUGUCGUGUAUGUUCACUAGAAGUUUCAAUGGAAGUGUUCCAUUUGAAGAACGCGUCGAUACAGUUAUUAAAUGGGUUACGCAUGAAAAGACGCCAGCAAAUCUGGUCAUGAUGUACUUUGAAGAACCAGAUCAAACCAGUCAUCCGUAUGGACCGGACUCGAUUCAAGUAACAAAUGCAGUGGCUAGCGUUGAUCGAGUCACACAAUACAUCGAGGAAACAUUGAUGGCAAACAAUUUACAAAAUCGUGUCAACGUGAUUUUCUUAUCAGAUCAUGGUAUGGUGGGUGUUCCUAUUUCAAAUAUCAUUGAUUUAACACUAUUUUUAGCCACCGAUAUAUGUAAAAUGUAUGGCACAUCGCCAGUAUUACAAAUCGUUCCAAACGAUCCAAGCGAUGAAAGUGAAAUUUUCACAAAUUUAACUAGAGCUGCCGAACAGAAUGGACAUUUUAACGUUUAUAAUCAAUAUGAUCUUCCCGCUCGAUGGAAUGCAAACAAUGCGAGACGUAUGGGUCCAAUUCUUGCUGUAGCUGAAGUUGGCUAUGCAUUCCAAGAUUUGCUGAUCGAUUUUAAAAUAUACGAGAAAAAUUUGAAUGUUCCUAUCACGAAUCAAAGUAUAUAUGGUGUCCAUGGUUAUGACAAUGAGGAGCCAUUGAUGAAUGCAUUUUUUAUGGCAAAAGGUCCCAUUUUUGGCAAGGACGAACAAAUUGAAACCAUUGACAUGAUUGAUUUAUAUAACUUGUUCUGUUUAAUUUUAAAAAUCGAAUGCUAUAGCAAUGAUGGUUCAAAUAAUUCAAGUAUUUGGAAUGCACUCUUUGUACCAUAAUAAAAAGGAGUUGUCUACGGACGGCAUUAUCUUGGAAAAUGUAAAAUGUAUUGAUAUUUAGUGCAAAUUUUCAAUUCCAAAAUAAUGCCUGUGUAUGGCUACGCAACUCCUUUGCCAAAAUUGUUUGUAUUGUAUUUAUGAACUUGUGAAAUAACACAACUACAUAAAUAAAAAAUUGAC